GCCCCCUCUCCCUGGCGCACACACACACACACACGCUUCCUCACAUCUACACACACACACGCAGAGCUGAUCAGUGCAGGCAGCGCAGAGCCUGGUAAUUGUAUUGCUCCCUCCAAGCGGAAGGAAGGACCGAGAGAGAGGGACACCGGAGAAAGAAGAGGAGGAGAGAGAGGAGAGAUAUAAAAACUUUGAUUUUUUAAUUUUUUUUAAUUUUCUUGUUUUUUCCCUGGAGGAGGUUGACAUGACAAUGACCCGGUAUCGCCGAUGGAGUCGGUAGGACACCCGUUAUCCGAGUGUUUUUUAAUGCACUCUGAACAAGAGUAGAAUGAACUUAUCGAAGGGGCCAUUGGUGAACAGCAGCAGUGACGAUAACUCCAAGUCAACCUAUAGUAAAUGCGGUGCUGGCGCCUGGAGGAUGCACCAGAGCUACGAUCCACUAGAGGCCAACCACAUGAGAGACGCACAUGCCCUCUACAACCCCAGGCUUCUCUGCAGAAUGUCCAGUAAGGAGCGCCACCUUGAGUCCAACUGUCCGUCCUCUUAUAUAAAGACUGAGCCGUCUAGUCCUGCCUCCCUGACUGACAGCCUAAACCAUCACUCCCCUGGUGGCUCCAGUGACGCCUCAGGCUCCUAUUCGUCCACAAUGAACGGCCACCCCAACGGCUUAGACUCCCCGAGCCUUUACGGCUCCAACGCAGGGCCCCUGGGUCCCGCUGGUGGCCCCGGAUCAAAGCGUUACGAGGACUGUUCGUCAACUAUUGGGGAAGAUUCGCAGAUUAAGUGCGAGUACAUGUUGAAUUCGAUGCCCAAGAGGCUGUGUCUGGUGUGCGGGGACAUUGCGUCAGGGUACCACUAUGGAGUGGCAUCCUGUGAGGCCUGCAAGGCCUUCUUCAAACGCACCAUCCAAGGCAACAUAGAGUACAGCUGUCCAGCCACCAACGAGUGCGAGAUCACCAAGAGGAGACGCAAGUCGUGCCAGGCCUGCCGCUUCAUGAAGUGUCUGACUGUGGGCAUGCUGAGGGAGGGUAAGGGAAAAGGUGUUCGUCUGGACAGGGUUCGUGGUGGGAGACAGAAGUACAAACGCCGGAUAGAUGCAGACAACAGUCCAUACCUGAACCCACAGCUGGCUCUGCCUCCCAAGAAGCCAUUUGCCUUUGGCUGCCUUGCAGAUAACAAAAUCGUCUCUCACCUGCUGGUGGCCGAGCCAGAGAAGAUUUACGCCAUGCCUGACCCAACAGUACCAGACAGCGACAUCAAGGCCCUGACUACGCUGUGUGACCUGGCGGACAGAGAGCUGGUGGUCAACAUCGGCUGGGCCAAACAUAUCCCAGGGUUCUCUACGCUGUCUUUGGCAGACCAGAUGAGUCUACUGCAGAGUGCAUGGAUGGAGAUCUUGAUCCUACGUGUUGUCUACCGCUCACUGUCCUUUGAAGACAAGUUGGUGUAUGCCGAGGACUACAUAAUGGACGAGGACCAGUCGAAGCUAGCCGGACUUCUGGACCUGAACAAUGCCAUCCUCCAGCUGGUGAAGAAAUACAAGACUAUGAAGCUAGAGAAGGAGGAAUUUGUCGCUCUCAAGGCCAUCGCUUUGGCUAACUCAGACUCCAUGCACAUUGAGGACGUGGAUGCAGUGCAGAAGCUCCAGGAUGUGCUCCAUGAGGCCCUGCAGGACUACGAGGCUUCCCAGCACCAGGAGGAUCCCCGCCGGGCGGGCAAGCUGCUCAUGACCCUCCCCCUGCUCCGCCAGACCUCCACCAAGGCCGUGCAACACUUCUACAGCAUCAAGCAGGACGGCAAAGUCCCAAUGCACAAACUCUUCCUGGAGCUGCUGGAAGCCAAGGUCUGAGGGCGGGAGAAUAGACGGAAGGACAGCUAGACGCCAGUCUGAAUCUCACUUUGAAUGACCUCUUGCUCUUUUACACGCACACACUCUUUACACACAUGCGCACACACACACAGAAACAUGUCCCUGAAGUAUGUCUGCUGACACAUCCAACUAUGAACAAACAAGUAACCUAAACCUCUUACCUGAACCCCUGAACUUUCGCCGUCUUUGACAGAAGGCCGCUCACUUGACCUUUUGUUUUGGGGAAGAAGCUGACAGACUGACAUGACCCCUGUAUUACCAAGGCAAGAAGAUAUUUGGUUUUAAAACUAUUAACAAUCACUCAACAGUUACUACAGUGGCUCCGAACACUGAAGAUGGCAAAACUCUUAUGCAUUUAAUAACAGUUAAGAUGUUAUUAAAGACAAACACUUAAAUGAGGACACAUUUAAAAGAAACUGAAAACUCUUCAUUUUAGUUCAGAGAGACUGUAAGACUGCACUCGUGUCUCUUUUUCCCUCCCUAUUUCCCCCAACAGAGUUUUUUAAGUGUUCAAGAAGAAGACGAGUGGAGAAAAAAAAAAGAACACUAAAGAAGUAUUAAUGACGUUUGUUGUCAAAUUACAUGUACAAUGAAAUUUGGAAGGAUGGACAGAAAGAAAAGAAGAGGAGAUUUGCCCUGCCAAAGAAUGGAGCUCAUCCAUUCAGAGGAUGCCAGCAAACUUUACUGUCAUAACCCAAAACUGUUUCUGGUUUGAUCAGCCGGUGGCUUUCAAUGCUGGGCCUCAGGCUGGUUUUCUGCUCCACCCAGAAAAUGUUUCUGGUUGUUAUGAAAGCCAGCAGGGCCAGGACCAGGAUUGGAAACCACUGCUGUAAACACUCUCUGGUUCUCCCUAAAUUCAGUUCCUGGUUUCCCAUGACUCCCGUACGUCAACUACAAUUUUACUAUUUGUUGUAUAUGUUGAGGAUCAGUGACCCUGGCCUCCCAAACCUGUCAGUAUAACCAUAGAAUAAGUGUUUGCACACUUAAUGUGGCUGAAAAUGUUUCCAAAUAUUCAAACCACUUGAGGUGUGAUCGACUGACAGAGUCAAAGACUACUCAACACAAUAAGACGAUCUAUACUGUCAAGAAUGGAUUCCUGCUUGUCCGACUGGUAAACGUAGGCUGAGUCCACAUUCAUUCUGUCAGACACUCCUCUUGUGUUUGGACGUCUGUUUAAAACCUUUUCAGCCGCUCAGUGGCCCAGGUUUGUAGCUCUCCACACAUAAGUCAGUAGAGAUUUCAGUCUGUCAAUGUGCCAUUAAGAAUAGUCCAGCCCGUGCUCUUUACCCAAACUCCAAAAACUGCAAAGUGUCACUUCAGUACUCCCCUCGUUGCUCCGUUACAUUCACAACUUCCAUCUCAUCUCUCGUGUCAGCACGGAGAUAUAUUUGUGAUCCAUUCAGGGAGUGACGGGGGCGCUUCAGUCACUCAACGCAAUACGAACCAGAAGGAAAAUGUGUGCUGACAAAACUGACUGAAGAACAACUAUUGUUGCUUUCAAACUCCUUUUUUUUUAUUUCUAUCUUGAAAAUAAUCUUAGCGAUGAUACCAGUAUUAGGGUUGUAAAUAACUGUCAUCCUGUAUAUGACAUAUAACACGGCUUUGUUUUUGUUAAUAAUAUUGUCUUCUUAAAACUGAAUCAAUCAAUAUGUCUUUCCUUUUUUCUAUCAGCUUGACCACUUUCAGCAGUUAUCAUAUAUAUAUAAAUAUAACAAGUAAUAAUGUAUUAACAAAUCAGCGUUUAUCUUAGAGAAACUCUGAGCAAUAGUGGUUUUUAAAGGAGGGGUUUGUGCAUAUGGACUAAGUCUGCAAUAUAAACAUAACGUGCCAGUCUUAAAUUUGGGAGAGAGAGGACGGGGAUUUGAGGAGAGUUUGUAGCUUCUCUUUCUCUCUGUGUAACUUGCCAUACGCUAUUAGAUAACAGUCAAUAUUUCCUUUGUUAGAGAAAGUUAGACAGGAACAAAUGUGGACCAGAAAUGUGAGGAUGAGCUGUUAAUGCCACCGUCACAUAAAAGCUGUGUGAGGAACGGUUAUGGUGAGGGCCGAAGAAGUAACACAAGCAGCUAAGAAAAUUAAAAUAUCCAUAAUCCAGUUUGCAGUUAUCACAGGGCUCUGAUGUUUGACCAGGCUCUUUUUGCUGUCACUUUUAAUCUGAUGAAAAACAAAAGUUCUUUGUUUAUAAUCAGCUGUUUAGUCAUGUUUCUUCAGCCAUGUGGCCGAGUGUGGUGACCAUUAGAACAACUUAAACCUGGAUCUGUGCAGAGGGAGACGGUGCUCACAAAAACACAAAAAAUCAUCAAUAAAAAAACAUCAUGUUGACAGUUUCAUGUUAGCUCACUUUUCCACUUCUUAUUGUUAGACACACAUCUGUAAUAUAGCCUGCAUUUCAGGUGAACAAAGAGAAGUCUCAUCAAAAAGCAUUUUUUUUAAAAUGUGAAUUUAAUGACAUUAAUUAAAUAAACUCGUAACGAUAAGGACUUUAGGUGGUCAGUUUUAUAGUAAUUUACAGGCGUUUUUUUAGGCCCUGUCUACACAUAAAAAGAUAUUUUUUUCAAAUGGAAAUCUUUCCCCCUACGCGUAAAAAAUAAUUCUGUCCACACAACCUUCAUUUUACAAAAUAUCUCUUUAUGCACUAGAACGCAAAAAUGACUCCAAACACUCGCCAGCAUUAGCUGUCUUCUGCAGUCUCCCUUCAUUGCCAAGGCAGUAAAGUCUACAAGCUAACGUUACUUUUUACCAAACACCGACUGGAGGUCUCAUUACUGUUGAUUACUCUUCUCUUUAAGAACCAUCUGCUGGUUCAGAUCCAAAGCCUUUGUUUCUGGUGGACUCUAACCACAAACACUGAAGUGGACCAAAUAACACUGGGCGCAGCAAGUUUAAGUGUAAAGUAGUCAUUACACCAAGCAUGCUAACAAAACAUAAACAAAAAGUCCAGUGUCGUUAUUGUUUCUGGCUCAUGGUCAUUACACUGAGAAGAUGACAUCAUUAUUUCCCCAACGCUCCAUUUUAAAUGUCCACAAGUACAAAGUAACUGGAGCUUUUGAAAAUUGGCACCUUAUUAGACAUUUUUUGAAAACUUUGUGGGCGAGAAGCCGAAACAGAGAGGGAAAAAUACUUUUUUUUUCUGAAUGUGUGUAGACAGGGCCUGAAAGUCGAAGUGGCCUGUUAAAUUUAAAGGAGCAGUGUGCGACAUUCAGAGCAUAUCUGGGAUUCAGAGUCUUUGGCGGGAUUGUGUGCUCAUGGUUCUCCACAUGGAGGUGACUGAGCAGGCAGCUAGCAGCAAACACUGCUAACUCAGUAUAUAGUGCUAACAACAGCAACUGUGCUUACAGAUCUAAUGGUGUUAAUCGGGGGGAAACCGGAGGGUGAGCGCUACACUUCCACGAAGAUUCACUUACAAGGACUCACAUGAACUAACAUGCACGCGUGGCAGGUAUGGCUCCCACAACAGAGGCUCAGAUUACAACACUCAAAGGCAGCAAGACUUCAUUCUCUGCUCACGACAUCAUUACUCCACUAUAUCUUUCCAUAGCAGAUAGUGGUCUGCUGCUAUAUUAAGUGUUGCAAACAGUGACUUAAUGUGCAUUGUGUAGUGGCAAGAAAUGGAAAGCUGAGCUUACGGGAAGCUGUCUGACAUUUUACAAUCAAAUAAAAAAACAAUUUCAUUGUUACAGCAGGAUCGCAUGGCUGACUGAUCACAGCUUUAACAGGUGGAGACAGUCGAGGGAUUUUUUUUUUUUAUAUCAUUGUUUAUGUAAUUUCUAAAGCCGAAUAAGAAUGCCAAAAUGUGUAAUGUAGAUGAGGGUGUAAUCUAAUAUAAAAUGGCAACUUGUCACAGCUGAGGAGUGCUGCAGUUUAAGUGUAGUUGAUCUCUAACAUCACACGCUCUGUAUCAAACAUCAGUAUUAUAAGUAAGGGGUAUUUUCUCAGCCUUCUUAAACAUUGUAUAUUGUAAAUUAUACAGAUUAUAAUUCUAACAUAAGACAUUUUAUUGGAAACAAAAUCGAGAAAAAAAAAGGAAAAAAAAUGUAGUUCAGCCUCGAUGUGUGUUUCAUGUUCGCUGUUUUUUCUAUCAAGAAAAAACCCUGUUUCUUUAGUUUUAUCUGUUUCUUUGUUUUCAAGUCUUUCUGUUUGAUCCUUUCCUCCUUUGUUGAGUCUUCUAAGGCGUUGCUGUGUACUUUUUCUUGUGGUGAUUCCCGUUCUUGUGCCGUGUGCUUCUUCUUUAGACAACACAGAGUAGAGUAGAGGCCAUGUUGUCUGUCUGUCGGAUCAGUCCGCUGGGGGUCUGGGCACCGGAUUCUCUCUCAAUGAACCGAACCGGAUAUAAGGCUCUUCUUCUAGAAACUUAACUAGACCACCAAGAUCAAAUUACAGUACUCAUCUUUACCAAACUAUACAUAAAUAAUUAAAUAUUUAGUAUCUAAAUGAAGAAACACCAUACAAGUAUUUAAAAAGGGAUCAUUUGUGUAACUUUCCUGUAGAAUAAACAAUAUACUGUAUAUCUUUAGGUUUAAAUAACGAUGAAAUGAAAAGGACAUUUGAGUAAUUCAGAACUGUAGGUGACUCUUUUUUGAUAAACUCGCUGUACAUAACUGCCUUCCAUACAGCUCGGCUCAAUCAUCUUUACUGUUUCAGCAGUCAAAAAGAGAAAAUACGAAGAUGAAAAACUUUUUCUUUCCCUCCAUCGUUGUGUCCUGUUUUCAGCUCAUUUCCAGGAAGAUAUCUUGUUUUACCACAAAGAGUAAUGAUCGGACAGGUGAAGGUUAGGAUUAAAGGUUUUUGUGGGUUGAUGGGAAAUGUAAAAAAAAAAGAAAAAAAAGAAAAAGAAAAAAAAAAGCUCGACAUGUUUAGUUUGCACUUGCUGUUUCUCUUCUUCUCUUCACCAUGCACUCAUUACAUUGUGGGACACGUUUCUGCUUCGGCCCCAGAAUUAAGAACUCAAGAUUUAAAACUCAAAGUCUCCUUUAAUGAACGCGUUACUGUGCUUGUGGUACCUCUUUAUACACAGAUUUCUAGAUUUUCUGCUACAAAUAGCAUCAAUUCAACAGCACAUCAAAGGUCUUAAACAUUAACAUGUCAUUUUUUUUUCUUAAAAAGAAAUAUACACACUAAUUAUUUCACAGGUGCAGAAAAUAAAUUUGCAGGUAAAGUCCCUGAUGACAGUUGCUUUUCCUGUUUUGAUUGUACCUUAAAACACCGUCUCAUGGUCAGAACGAUGGUAUUUCUUAUCAUCCACUGUACAAUGAUCGACAAAUAACCUAUGGAAGAAAAGUGCUCUUUUCUCACUAUUAUUUUUCUUUCUUAUGUUACUGUUUUUAUUUAUUUGUAAGUUGUCAAACCAAACCUGUGUACUUCUGAGCAAUUUGACGCAAUGAAAGAUGUUACACGUCUCCCUGAGGUGAUUAAGGCUGAGCUGGAUUUGGUUAAUAGCCUUUUUUUCAAAGAAUCAAGUUUCUAAAUUAGCAAAUGCUGAUAUGUCUUUCUGAAUUUUCCUAAAUAACAAAUUACCAGUGUCAAACGAGUAAUUUAUUGUAAAUGAUGGUCCUGGCAGGAAAUGGUUCGCCGUAUGCCAUCUUGUUUUGCUAGUAAAAAAAAACAAUAAAUCUACCAGCUAUAAUCAGGAGGGAGAUUGUGUGAUUCUUUCGGAGGUUUUGAUAUAACUUGCUGCUCAUAGUUAUUAUGUAGAUGUACAAAACGAAGGUGUUUUCAUACAUUUUUUUUGCUAGUUAAAAGGCAAUAUUUGGAUGACUGUGCAAUGAUGAGACAAGAGUUGCACUUGUUUGUUUUGUGUUACACGUCUAAAUGGUGUUGAAGCUUUUAAAAUGAUUCUGCAGUUAGUGUUAAAACCACAUAAGAGACAACAAACCAAACUGGUAUUUUCUAAGAGGAGCGUUGAAAGAAGGACUGACUGGGUUUUUACAGAGCCAUCGAUAGAAAGAGUUUGACCUGGUUGCACUUUAGGCACCAUGUUACCGCCCUCAUCUGGAACUUAGAUCCAUUAGCUGCGAAUACUCUAUGUAACAAUAGUUUAGCUGGAACAGAGGGAUGAGUUAUUUAGGCGUAGGGACAAAGCGGGAUUGUCCAUCUUCCAUGGCUGCCCCUGAAAUCUGCUAAGGCCAAACUGUGUCUAUCUACAGCUCUACAGUGUUUAGUCAUUUAGUUGUAUUUAAUCCCCAAAUGUAACUGCCACUUGUGCUGCAGCUAACCCUGCAGUCUGAAUUUGCAAAUGUGAAGAAAAUAUUUAAGGGAGAGAGAACGAUGACACGUUUGGAUACGAAGGAUAUUUAAAGGUUAAAAAGACCCCGUCGUGGUGGAGAAGAGUUGUGUACGAGAGAAGACCCUGUAGUGUUAAUUAAAAAACAUGUCCGUAGAUUUUAGAUGUGCUUCACAUCAGUAAAUGAAAAAAAGAAAAAAAGAAACAAUAACCUGUAUAUUUUUGUGACGUGUAUCAUACAAGUGUGCUCCAACAAUAAUGUCCAUUUGUGUAAAUGUAUUUAUUUCACAUUGUAUAUAUUGUUCAAUGCAAAAAGAGAGACCUAUGAUUCUGUAACUUAAACUACUAUGGGUUGAAACAUUACAUGUGUUACUCCAGACUAUGCCUUUCAGGAUUAUUACAGUAGAGCAAUAUCAAUUAAAACCAGGCUUCCAGUU